AUGGUCAUAUGGCGUCUGGAAUACAAUCAAGCACGUUUCGUGUGGCUUCGUGGUAUUUGGGCGGAUACGAAGGAAUCAGCUAAAGAAGGGAGUAGUCGAUUGAAGAAGUAUUUGGAGAGGAUUAUGCAUGGAGAAGCUAAACUCGAUCAGCAAGCUAAACUGGAGAAACGAAUGGGUGACGAGAUGAACGAGGACGGUGCCGACGAGCAGUGGCAUCCUGAGGAUCCGCGAACGAAUGUGCCCAAACGAAGGCGGUCGACGGGGAGAUCCAGUGAAUCGGCCAGGCAGAGAAGGUUGGUGUGA